CUCGUUGUGGUACAGUCUGCCCUGCAGUCCAAGGAACGGCCGCCUUGGACAAUAGUUAAUUCCAGCAGCUGUCGGAACCUAUGGGCGGUGCGCUGUGGACCAGGCGGCUACAGCUGCGGGCUGCGUCUGUGGACUACCCGUCUCUGAUUCCUCUGUGGUUUGCGAAGUUUUGCUGACGCCGCAGUCCUGCAGAAACUGGAGCCCUCCAGUUUACCGGCAAGAGAGGCACAAUAACAGCCCAAAAUAAAAUCACCGACUUUCCAUUCAAUUUAUGUCAGGUGCGCCCCCAGUCUCCAUUUUAAAGACCUCGGUUAAUAUCUCUCCCCUUAUAUUUCCACUUCUUUAUUUAUUUGUUUAUUUAUUUUUUAAAGCUGAGAAAGAUAAAAUUGUUUCAUGGAUCUCCUGAAGGAAUGAGUAGCCUACGACUGCAGAGGGAGAGCGGAUAAGUGCGUGACUGGAUUUUAAAAAAUGGACUGCAAAGAUCUGGAGACCGGUUUAAGGGGAAAUGGGAAACCUUUCCCCUCCACUCCCGAAGCCGAGCCCAGAGAAGAGAAAGAGGUGUAUAGCAUUAUGAAAACCGACUCCUCCCCCACCCCAGACUCCUCCUCCACAACAGACUCCUCCCCCACGACAGAAUCAACUGUCAAAAUAGACUCCUCUUUAAAGCCAGAAUUGUCCUCAAAACCAGGCUCUUUCAAACCAGACUCCUCGGUGAAAACAGACUCCUCUUUCAAACCAGACUUCUCUGUGAAAACAGACUCCUCUUUCAAACCAGACUCCUCGGUGAAAACAGACUCCUCUUUCAAACCAGACUCCUCAGUCAAAACAGAUUCCUCCUGCAAGCCAGACUCAUUAAAAACCGAUGGUCCAUUGGCCUCCACUAGGAGGAAAGUCAGUCUUCAGCAUAAGAAAGCGGACGGACCGAAGCUGGAGGAGAGGCUGAAGCUGGCGAAGGAGCGAAGGGAGGAGAGGGCCAGAUACCUGGAGCAGCGCACCCAACAGCAAGCGGCGAAGAGGGUGCAGUGGCUGGAGAAGGAGGCGCGCGCUCGGCAGCAGCGGGAGAGGCAGCUGAAGGAGCGCAGGAGGAGGCUGGAGGAGCAGAGGCUGCGGGCGGAGAGGAGGCGCGCCCUCCUGCAGGAGAGGGAGCGCCAGAAACUGGAGAAGAACAAGGAGCGGUAUGAAGCAGCAGUCAGACGAUCAAACAAGAAGACAUGGGCUGAGAUCCGUCAGCUGAGAUGGUCUUGGGCUGGAGGUCUGAACCAGACGUCCAGCAGAGAGAGCCGGUGCUCGACCUCGACGGCCGCCUCGCCCAAGCGCGCGGACGCCGUUUUUACCAAGCGCCUGUCCAAGUCCUCCGCCUCGCUCUGGAGCACGCCCAGCGGAACCCGCAGCCUGCAGCUGAGCGCGAGGGAGAGCCGAAUCGUGGAGCGGCUGAUGACCCCCACCCUCUCCUUCCUGGCCAGGAGCCGGAGCACCACCCUGCUGAGCAGCGUCAAGGACUCGCACUCGUGCCUGCGCUCGCAGUCCGCCAACCCCCUGUCGGCCUGCACCCACGCCCACGCCUGCGCCGGGCACCGGAAGGUCUCCGCCAGCACGCCCGACAUCACGCAGCGCCAGCGGAAGCUCGAACCCGCCCCAGUGGAGAAAAAGAAGAAGAAGAAUAAGAAGGAGAAGAGAGACAAAGAGCGAGAGAACGAAAGGGAGAAGGCCCUGGGAAAGAAGGAGGACCUGAAAGAGAGACGGUCCCUGAAGCAGAGAACGGACACCAGCAGUGUCCCAAGUAAAAACCAGCUCGCCCCUCCGCCGAAAACCUCCCGGACCAGGCCCACCUCCCCCGGCCCUGCCGCCUCGCCCCGGGUCCCCAGAACGCGGCCCAAGAGGUCCAAAACCCCCGCCAGGGUGCGGCUGCCGGAAGCCUCCCCGGUUGCCGUGGAGAUGGCGGGAGAGUCGCUCAAGCCGGCCGAGCCCGAGGACGCGAAGGAAAAAACAGGCUCCACCAGCGUUCCUCCCCUUGUGGUGUCUGCUGCUCCAACAACGGCCCCUUCUCCAGGAGCAGCAAACACAACGGCCACCGCCACCCCCUCCCAGUCACCCUCCACCGCCUCUCCCUCCGGCCCCUCUCCCUCUGCCCCAUCUCCCUCCACCCUGUCUACCUCCGCCCCGUCUCCCUCCGUCCCCUCUCUCUCUGGCCCCUCCCCCCCGGGCCCCGCCCCGGCCUCGUCGCACACAGGCGGCCGCCCCCCGGCCGGCACCACCGACCCGGAGCAGGCGGCGCGCAGCCUGGCGGAGAAACGGCGACAGAUCCGCGAGGAGCGGGAGAGAGAGGAGCAGGAGCGGCGUGAGCAGGAGGAGAGAAACCGGGUUUUGCGUGAGGAGCGGUUGGCAUGGGAGCUGGAGGAGAGGAGGUGCAGGGAGGAGGAGGCUCGGCGUGUCGCAGAGGAGCAGGAGGCCGCGGCACAGCAGCAAGAGGAGGCAGCGCAGAAGGAGAGUGACCGCCUGCAGAGAAUGAAGGAGGAGGAGGCGGCCAAGGCCCGGGAGGAGGCGGAGCGACAGAGACAGGAGAGGAACAGGCACUUCCAGAGGGAGGAAGAGGAGCGCAUGGAGAGGAAGAAGCGCCUGGAAGAGAUCAUGAAGAGGACGCGCAAGUCUGAGGGAGGAGGGGACAAGAAUGAUUCUCCACCGCAGAAGUGUCCCCCUGCGCCUCGGGCUGACGAUAAAGAUGUCCAGAGGGACGUGGAGAGCAGUGAGACACCUUCUGAUGAUGACAAGCAUCACCCACAGACAACACAGUCCAACCAGCUGGCGGAGACUGUCCAAUCGCAGGGCGACGUGAAAGAAAGCCCUGUGAUGAACGGUGGUGUGCAGGCCGCCAGCCGCCACCCCAACGGCCUGUCCGACCUGGGGAUCAUUCAGCUGGCCAAUCGCAGGGCCGUCAGCGACGGGGGGCGGGACGCGUCAGAGCCCGACAUCCCCGGCGGUCCAAUCAAAGCCCUCGAGGGCGGGGAGCCCUUCCUGAUGAAAACGGGCUCCUUGAAGACCCAGCACGUCACAGGGGUGCUUUGAAACUUCAGAUGUUGUGGAAGACGAGCCUUUAAACCAGCAGAGGAGGAGAAGUGGCUCGGUUUGCCCGCACAGCUGAAAUGUGCCAAAUACAGACUCCUCUUAGACGCCUGAGAAUGUGUUCUCUUGCUGAGAAUAUAACUCUUUAAGAGAAAACUAAAAACAUUGGGGAAAAAAACUGGUUUCAUGGUGCAUAGCUGUUACAUUUUAUUGGAAUAUUUUAUUCUGCACCUUAAAUGAUUGACAGCAUCAUCCAUUGUAGAGAACAUCAGACCAGAAUAUCUAUUUGAGAAACUAUAUGAUUUUCAGAAAUGUUGCAUAAUUGUUAUUAUGAUCAAUAUAUAAUUGUUGUUGUUGUAAGUACUGCUAGUUUUUAUGAGUUGGACAGAACCCUGUCUUGGUUAUUUCAGUGAAAGAGAGUUCAGACUGAGAUUAGAAUAGAUUGAUAAUAUUUGUGGCACUUUUUGUGUUGGGCCUGAAUGGAAGUGUUGAAGAGUGACGUUGUGGAAUAAAACUCUCUUUAAAAGGGAA